AUGGUGAUUUCGCCGUCACACAUCUCACCAAGGCCCACCUGUUCUACGACGAACUGCAAGAUGAAGUUUGGAUCCUGGACUUACGAUCGCGCUAAAAUCGAUCUAAUCAAUAUGGCUGGUGAUGUGGACCAAAUGGACUAUUGGGAAUCCGGAGAGUGGGUGAUCAUGAAUGCCGUGGGAAAGUACAACACCAAAAAGGUUCUCUUUAUGAAGCGGCCCCCAGGAACCGCCAAGAACAACUGCAAGAAGUUGAUUGAGAUGAUGCAUAGACCGCCUACCGUGUCCACAACAGGGGACUCGCAAAACUUCUGGUCGGGACUUGAGAUGGGGUUGAAACAGAUCAGUCCUCUUCAUUGCCUGACGAAGGAAGAGUCUGAAAAGCCAGCUAUGAAUGGUCGGUCACACAGUGUGGAACAGAUGUGUGAUCAUCAGAAGGAAUUUCCUCCAAAGAGUGAGCAUCUUUGUCGCUCUCGCAGCUUCAACCAUUGCUGUGUGCAUAAUGACGGGACCCCCAGAGCAGUGAGAAGGGCCAAGAAAUCUCCACUGAAAGAAAACCGCUUAGAGACACUCACAGCUCAGCUCUCUAAGGAUGGGAUCUCCCAGAUCUCCCAGCAGGACGUGGUGGUUCCCUCCAUAUCACCAGCCCUGCUGCGAGCCUUGGAAGGGGUCCAGUACAUCGCAGACCAUCUCAGAGCAGAGGAUGCAGACUUCUCUGUGAAGGAAGACUGGAAGUACGUGGCCAUGGUCAUCGACAGGAUCUUUCUCUGGAUGUUUGUCCUGGUCUGCAUCCUGGGCUCAGUGGGACUCUUUCUGCCCCCAUGGCUCGCCGGGAUGAUCUGA